AUGGACAGACAAAGCAGUGAUAAUUUGGUUCUCUCGGGUGAUCCUGAGCCAAACAAUCUUACCGAAGGAUGUGGUUCUCUAGGAAUGUUUUUGAUGAAACGAUUAUUGCGCCAUGGUGAUAGUGUCGCGGUGAUCGACGGUGUAUAUUCCAGCGAAUUGCGAUACCUCGAGUUAUUAGAGAAUGCAGUUCACUUAGCAGAAGAACUUCGGCAAUAUACAAGCUUGCAGCCGGGAGAUGUCGUGGGAAUCAUCAGUGAAAACCGCUUAGAAUUUCCGGUUGUCCUUUACGCAGCGUUCUUUCUCAACGCUGCUGUUGCUCCUAUCAAUCUUACAUACACUGAACGCGAAUUCGAUCAUGCACUAAAUUUAUCGAAGCCGAAAAUAUUGUUUGUUUCCCCACAUUCUGCGGAGCGGGUCAUUGCAGUAGCACAAAAAAAUCGUCACUUUAUCGAACACAUUUUUAUAUUCGGAGAAGAAAAUAAUUUCGGAAAAAACGUACAGCUUUAUGAGGAUUUUAUUUCAAGGACAAGCGCUAAAAAUCCGCAUUCUUUUCAAAUAGCACCGACGAAUGUAGAUGAACAUGUGGCCCUCAUUAUGUGUUCCUCUGGAACAACAGGUUUACCGAAAGGAGUUCAGCUAACGCAGAAGAAUGUGAUGGCGAGCGUAUGGUUGCUAUCUAAACUAGAGGAAUCAUUUGAGGUACCUGUCGUUGUACUUGGAGUUAUACCGUGGUUUCAUGCAUUCGGAUGUUUAACGUUGAUCAAUGUAAUAUGCAACAAGUUGAAGCUCGUUUCUUUACCAAAGUUUGAGGAAGGAUUGUUUUUAGGUUGCAUUGAAAACUAUCGGUGCUCUUUUGUGUUUAUUGUGCCACCUUUGAUGGUUUUCCUAGCGAAGCAUCCGCUGGUCGACAGUUAUGAUAUAAGCUGCAUCAACACGUUACUGUGCGGUGCCGCACCGCUCAGCAGGGACACCGAGUCUUUGGUAAAAAAACGAAUCGGCGUUAAACAUGUCCUUCAAGGGUAUGGCAUGAGUGAAACAACUCUCGCAAUGCUUAUACAAGCUACUGAUUGCAACAAACCAGGUAGUGUUGGAAAACUGCAAGCUGGAACAAUGGCGAAAGUGGUCGAUCCUGAUACGGGAAAGUUGCUAGGUCCCAAUCGGCCAGGAGAGUUAUAUUUCAAGGGCACUCAAAUUAUGAAAGGAUAUAUCGGAAACAAGGAAGCAACUGAAGAAACAAUCGACAAAAAUGGCUGGCUUCGCACCGGCGAUAUUGGUUAUUAUGAUCAGGAUGGUGAUUUUUUCAUUAUUGAUCGAUUGAAAGAGUUAAUCAAGUACAAAGGAUACCAGGUACCACCGGCAGAGCUUGAAGCUAUCUUAUUGACUAAUCCAAAAAUUAAAGAUGUUGGUGUUGUUGGAAUGCCAGAUGAGAUAGCUGGGGAACUUCCAUUGGCUUUCGUCGUCAAACAACCUGGCGUUGAUCUGACAGAAGCCGACGUGAAACAGUACGUGGCGGUGCGUUCUUCUCCAGCAAAAAGAUUGCACGGGGGAGUGCAGUUUGUUCUCGAGAUACCUAAAAAUGCGAGUGGCAAAAUUUUGAGACGAGAACUACGAUCCUUGAUGCAACUAACAGCGCGUUCCAAACUAUAAGAAGGAAGCAACGCGAUUAUAAUGAAAUUAUGCAUAUAUAUGCAUACAAAUAUUCUUGGUGCAAUGUGAAUCUAAAUA